UCCAGUUGUACAGAUGGCCCUUGAUAGAAAGGACAUUGGUUUCAAAUCAAAAGACAAAUCUGCCCUUCGUGCAGCUCUAAUACAGACUCUGUUUGAUGACCUCAGCAAAUAUACGCUGUAUCCAGACCACAUAAUGUACAGUACUGUGCUAAGUACUUUGUGCUGUAAGUACAGAUUUCUAAGGGAUGACAGCCAAACUGGAUAUGCUACUCUACUUGAAAUACUGAGAAAUAAAUUCAAAAAAGAGAGAAAGACACUUAUUUCAGUGGAGACUGUAGAAGACAUGAAAAAAAAGUUUGGUGCUGUGGGUCGAGGAAGGAAGCGUGCACCAGAGCAACAGCAACCGCUCAUGGAAAAGAGAAGAGAAUCUAUGCAAAGUGAGGAGUUCCCAGGAGAAGAAGAGCAUAGUACUGUACACACUCGGGAAAGAAUGAUGGAGAAGAAGUCCACUGAAGAAGUCCUUGGUCUGUUUCCAUUCCUAAAGCAUCCUAAACUGCUGUUGCACGAAGUAGAACUACGUUUUGGAGUAAACUUGGAACGGAACCUAAUGAGUGGCCUAUCCAGAAUGGUAGAUCCUAUUUUCAGACUUUCUAGUGGGCAUCUUCUAACUACUGUGAUGUCCUACAUUGAAGAUGCUUCAGAUAAGACACAGGAAAAUGGACUGAGAAUGAAUGCUGCAUUGUUGCUGUUGCCAGCUUUGUUUCGAGAGAGGGAAAAUCUGUUGUUUGUUGUUGACCAAGUAAGUUAAUUGAGCUCUACUUUUUAAAUGUAGCUUAACUGAAUUGAUGUUUUCAAUGUUAAAUACAAAGUCA